CUCCAAGUUUUAGUCCGUCACCAAAUAACGCUGACCUGCUCUCUCAGGUGUCUCAGCGCAGCCACUGUUUGUAGAUGAAAAUACUUGUCUGAAGAAUGGAUCUAACAUAGAUAUUGAUAUUGCAUUAAUUUUCUAAAAACAAAACAAGUUCUAGUAGGAGGAGGAGGAGGAGGAGGGCUCUAAAUUUCUGUUGGAACUAAACAACAACCAGCCUCAACUAUUUGGCUAAGGGCAUGUGAAUGUGGUGUAUGUUGCAUAAUCUUCCCACACUGCAUUCUGUUUAAAAAAGCAGAGUGCAGCAGAGAGACGUUCACCUUCACAAAUUAUCUGCACUUUGGAAAAGGAUCAAUCUUGUUGCAGAAACUUUUUUGACAGAUAAGAUGAAGAAGAAGUUGAUCCUUGACAUGGACACAGGGGUGGAUGAUGCUCAGGCCAUCAUGGUGGCCCUCGCGGCCCCCAACGUGGAGGUCCUGGGGAUCACCUGUUGCCACGGCAACACACCCCUGGAGAACGUCCUCAAGAACACACUGCGUGUGCUGAAAGUCUGCAACAGGCUGGAUAUCCCGGUGUACCGCGGCUGUGCAGAGCCAAUGCUGGCUCGAAAACACCACGCAGGGGAUUUCCACGGGAAGGACGGGCUGGGCGACGUCCCGGAUCCAGACGCUCCAGGCCUGGAGCUGCUGCAGCAGAAGAAAGCUGUGCAGGCCAUGAUCCAGAUUGUGAAAGAGAACCCUGGAGAGGUGACUCUGGUUGCCACGGCGCCCCUCACUAACCUGGCCGUCGCAGCACAACUGGACCCUUCCUUCCCUAAGAAGCUGAAGGCGCUCUACAUCAUGGGAGGAAACACUGAAGCCAGGGGUAACACCACAGUGUGUGGAGAGUUUAACUUUGUGGCUGACCCUGAGGCUGCCUACAUUGUGUUGGACCGCUACACCUGCCCCACCUACAUCGCCACCUGGGAGUUCACCUGCAGGAACAUCCUGCCAUGGUCUUUCUGUGACCGUUGGUUGGACCAAGACACAGAGAAGGCUCGUUUCAUGAAGAAGAUUUCAAGCCACACCAGGAAGAUUGUGCGGACUGAGCGGUAUCAAAAGGAGCUGGUGGCAGGACCUGGGUUCAACUCCUGUGACACCUACGCUUUGGCUGCAGCCAUCGAAGACACUCUGGUGACAGAAAGUGAACAGGUUGCAGUGACAGUGGAGUUGGAGGGGACCUACACCCGAGGCAUGAUGGCGCUGGACUACAUGGAGCUGCUGAAGAAGAAGCACAAGGCCGUCAUCAUGAAGAAAAUUGACUUGGAGAAGUUCAAGCAAAUGUUGAUGAAUGCGCUGAAGUAGCAUGACUUCUCUGAGCCACAGUAGUCACUAAAUAUCAGAAUCAUAACAGACUACAACACAUUCAACAUUUUAUUGCCUUGCACACUAUAUGGUGGCAAGUGCACUUAGGGCCCAGCAGUGAGUUUUCGGGCUUGCAGACUGAUGGAUCUGAGUGUAUUUUUAGCUUCUAUUUCUUGCCGCUCUGACUUUAAAUAUAUUAUCCCAUAUAAGUAGUAUCAUUGGUAUGUCUUGCUUUUUGCAGUUUCUUGAAUUAGCACUAUGAGGAGAUGCAGUUAUGCUUUUCAGUGUCUCUGUAACUUGUUUUGUAACACACUCGUGUCACUCAGGGCUGUGGGUAAUAAACUGACUAUAAUUUC